CGUAAUACUCUCUCUCUCUCUCUCACUCUCUCGACUGCAAUGGAUCCUUCCAAGCUAGUUGAGUUCACACCUCCGGUGACAGGGGUGCCUGUGGCUGUGAGUCAUAAUGUAUAUAACGUCCAAACCCAAGCUCCAGUAGUAUGGUCUACCGGCCUCUGUGACUGCAUGGAAGAUGUUGAAAAUUGUUGUCUAACUUGCUGGUGUCCAUGCAUAACAUUUGGCCGGAUUGCAGAAUUAGUGGAUAGAGGCACAAUUUCAUGUGGGGCAGCGGGAUCGUUGUACGUGAUUAUAGCGAUCUUGACCGGAUGUCAAUGGAUAUACUCUUGGUCUUAUAGUUCUGAGCUCAGAUUUGAGUACAACUUGCCGGGGUCCCCUUGCUACGACUGCUGUGUUCACUUCUGGUGCGAGAGCUGCGCCUUAUGUCGAGACUACCGAGAGCUCAAGAACCGUGGAUACGACAUGACCAUAGGGUGGCAAAUGAACAAGGAAAGACGGUGCCAGGUGGCGACCCAACCACCUAUAAUGCAAAGAGCUAUGAUGCGUUAAAGAGAGGCUAUAUAUAUAUAUAUAUAUAUUAUAAAGUGUUUAAUUGGGAUCGUAUAUGUGGAAGGCUAGCUUAUAUGUUUGUGCGUGUGGGUGGGUGGUUUCUUUUCUCUGCUUCUUUCCUCCUUGUUUUGUUUGAUGUUGCCAAAUAAAAUAAAAGAUUAUGAAUUAAAUGAAUAUAUGAUGUUCA